UUAACAAUUCUGGAUGUGUGUCCUUUAUUUUUCUGUCUUUCUUCUUUAUGUUGCUCAGUGCACCAUGUUCUAAACAAAACAAAAAAACAGACCCAGUGGACUUUGGACCAUUAGGAAAUAGUCUUAGAAUAAUGUUUAAGGUGGAUGAGUCAAGACCAAAAAUAAGAGUCCAGUCUGACCAAGAGCAUCAGGAUAAACAGACAGAGGUGGAAGUGGCCCUUCCGCUGCAACAAACCCGCACAUCUGCUUUGGGGGCGAGUUUCUUUUUUUUACGCAAAGGAUGUGAGCAGGAGUGGCAUUCAGGAGGCUUUAAAUAGGAACUGUCUCCAAACUUUGGGACAUCAGAGCAUCUGAACACUUCCAGCAGCUCGCAGUAGAAAGCACCGGUUUGCCUCAGGAUGGACGUCAACAGGAGACUGGGGGUGAGGGACACUGUGCUGGCGCUUCUACUCGCCGUGCUCCAGGGGUUUCAUCUCGGGGAAUCAGUCCCGAAUCCGUCACCGCUUGUGGGAUCCAACUGGGGGAACCCGAGGAGAUACGUCCACCUGCAGACAUCCACAGACCUCAACAACUUCUACUUGGAGAUCAGAUUAGAUGGCACAGUGCGCAGAACCACAGUCAGGAGUUCAUAUAGUGUGAUUUUACUGAAAGCUGAAACAAGGGAGCGCGUCGCCAUCCUCGGGGUCAAAAGUAGCCGUUACCUCUGUAUGGAUUUGGAGGGCAACCCAUUCAGCUCUCCCAUCUGCCUCAGGGACGACUGUCUGUUCAACCACAGACUCCUGGAGAACAACCGGGACGUGUACUACUCCAGCCGGACCGGCAUCCUCUUCAACCUGGAGGGCUCCCGGCAGGUGUUCACCGCGGGCCAGAACCUGCCGCAGACCUCCCUCUUCCUGCCCAAGAAGAACACGGUGCCGCUGGAGCGCCUCCUGCUGCACAGGGAGAAGAGGAACCAGGUGGUGGAUCCCUCCGACCCGCACAGCGUCUACAUGGGUCAGACCGAGGAGGGCUCGGACUCUCGGGCCGUGCCGGAGGACGACGCCGAUCUGGAGGUGGAGGUAGAGGUGGAGGUGGAGGCCGGGGACGACGGGCGCAACGUGUCCCGGGAGACGCCGCUGGCUCCGUCCACCCACGACCCCUGGAACGUGCACUCCUCUAACUCGGGCAGCCCCCGGAGCACCGGGACCAUGGGGUGAUCUUAGUGGUGGCUGAUCCGGAUUGAUUUACUAAAGUGAGUCAAAGUUUAACCUUGUAGUUUGUCAUCAUGUCAGAGAACAAAACGCAUCAGACUUUAUUUUGAAAAGGAGAUUCAGGAUGUUCCUUCUUUUUCAUUCUGACUAAAUAUCUGAGUCAUCACUCACUCAGAAAAGCAGUUUUGAUGCAUAAUAUUCGACUUGACUUGCAGCCCCCUUUUGCACAAUUUAUUCCUAAUUCUCUGACAUCACUGCAGAUUUAAUAACUUAAUUCAAUAAGGCAUGUG